AUCCCAACCCCGAAGGAUAGCCUCUAUCUGUGUUGAGUAGAAAAUUCUUAUUAUUUUUUUUUCAUUGCCAGUGUCAAACUAGCAAAGAAGCUCUGGAAAACAGCGUAAUUCUAGCGAAAAGUGAGUUCUCCAUCAGGAGGCGCUGCUAUUCGGUCGGGAAAAACUAGUUUAGUGCGUGAAUUUCACAAAAUGGAUGUGGCAAGCAAUAGCAAAAGUGAUGAUUGUAAUUGUUUUGAAGGGAGCAGCAGCAGCGAAUCGAUAGAAGGGAUUGAUCAUCAUCAUCACCGUCAGCGACGAGCAUUUGUAAUGUAAAAUAGUGAAAUUUCGGUGUUUAUCGCUGCCUGCCGCGCGAUCAUUGUGAGUUUUGUGAGAAAACGAGGUGAAAAGUCGUUUGCAAAAUGAUUUUCCGCGAAUCUGGAGUGGGAUAGUGCAAAAAUCAAAGCAGCUAUGAAGGAUCAGAGGGUGGUGAAAAAAUGUCAAGAAAUGUAUGUGUACGCAAGAGUGUCUUCUAGUAUUUUCGUGCUCUUAUACUGAGAUGUAAUCGAUCGAGCUGGGAAUUGUGAGCAAUGUAGAUAUUCGCAAGUGUAUAAAACAAUGCAUGUAAAGAUGCUUAAUCGACAAAUUAUGGAUUUUCUGGAGAAGAAAUUUCCUCCGGAGUCAUAAGAAGAAAAAGGAAGAAAAGUGAAAAACAGCAAGAUAAACUGUAAACUUCCAGAUGGCAGCACCAGCACUGCCGUGAGGUUGUUGUCAAAACUGUAACAAGUGUCAUCUGGCGUGAACGCCAGAAACCAUAAAUAUAGUGACGUCAGUGAAUUUAAGUGUGUACACAGGCAGACUGCACGUACUACACAGGAAGAUUAGGAUUUGCAUAAACGUGUCGCAUCAUCCCUCGCGCGACACCAUCCGGACAAGUACAGCGGCCGUCUUAAUUUGUGUGUGAAGUUUCCGUCGCCGCGCGCAAUCGAUUGAUUUUUAAGCAAAUAACACAGAAACCAGCAGCAGCAACAACAUCAUAAAAAGGCGUUGUCAUAUAAUAUUUAACUACUUAUCCUAACGUAAUAACCAAUAUUUAAAGCAUUACUCAUUAAACAAAGUUAAAAAAUAAUCGUGCAUCAAGUGCAAGUGCUGCAACUAGGAAUCAAGAAGCGUUAGCGUAGCGUUAGUUGCUGUAGAUUAAUCACACUCACAUCCCCAUAAAACAAAAGCGAUUCGACGCCCCCCUGUUUCUGCGUGCCCCCCGGACCCCAUAAAACGCCUUCGUCGUGGCCAGAUACGUUGGAAACGCGGAGCGUUAGAUCCGCCAACGCCGCAGCAGCAGCAAGCUAUGUCGCAAAAGGGCCAGAAACGCUCGACGUCGAAUCGUGCAUCCGAUGGCAAUGAAGGACCACCGCCGACCAAGAAGCGCAAGGGCCGCCCGACGGUUUCGUCCGUCGAGGACGACAACUCGCUCACGUCCAACACGGGCGGCCCGACGACGCCGACCAAGAACUGGCAGCCGCGGGCCGUCAUCGACAUCAAGAUGUCCAGCAUCUACAACCGUACUGCACCGGAAGCACCGGCUGAACUGUUUAGGAAGGAUCUUAUCAGUGCCAUGAAGCUGCCCGACUCGGAACCGCUGGCCGCCGAUGAGUACUGGGUCAUCAACGACCAGUGGAAGCAGGAGUGGGAGCGGGGCGUGCAGGUGCCGGUCAAUCCGGACUCGCUGCCCGAACCGUCCGUCAACUCGCUGCAGCAGAACCACUACAAGAAGCGGCAGGACUUUAAGCUUCCCAAGAACAAGUACAUCCGGAUAACGAAGGAUGAGUCGUUCUCGCACGACCAGCACUACCUGUCGAACACGCCCGCCAUCUCGGAGCAGGUCUGCUACUACGAUCUGGACCAGUGCGACGAGGCGUGGCUGAAGGUGUUCAACGGCGAGCGCAACCUGUCCGGGCUGGUGCCGGUGACCGAUGAGCAGUUCGAGCGGGUCGUUGAAGAACUUGAGGUACGAUGUUGGGACAAAAUCCAAGCGAUCAUGAAGAGCGAGGAGGGUCUCGGCAUCGAGUACGACGAGAACGUGAUCUGCGACGUGUGCCGCUCGCCGGACUCGGAGGAGGCGAACGAGAUGGUGUUCUGUGAUAACUGCAAUAUCUGCGUGCACCAGGCGUGCUACGGCAUUACGAACAUCCCGUCCGGUCAAUGGAUGUGUCGGACGUGUUCGAUGGGCCAGAAGCCGGACUGCGUGCUGUGUCCGAACAAGGGCGGCGCGAUGAAGUCGACGCGGUCCGGGCAAAAGUGGGCGCACGUGUCCUGUGCGCUGUGGAUCCCGGAGGUGAGCAUCGGGUCGGUCGACCGGAUGGAGCCGAUCACGAAGAUCUCCAGCAUUCCGGCCAGCCGGUGGGCGUUGAUUUGUGUGCUGUGCCGGGAGCGGGUCGGGGCGUGCAUUCAGUGUUCGGUCAAGACGUGCAAGACGGCGUACCACGUGACGUGUGCGUUCCAGCACGGGCUGGAGAUGCGGGCCAUCAUCGAGGACGAGAACGCCGAGGACGGGGUUAAGCUGAGGUCGUACUGCCAGAAGCACGGCACGAACAAAAGCAAACGUGAUAACAAGAAUUCCAACAACAACGCCGGUUCGGGCACCGAAGAGGAGGGCGCGACGACGACCAGUGCGGCCGGCACGGGAGCCGGAACUGGUGGCGGCGAGAUGAAGCGUAAGAAGCGCAAGGACAUGACGUCGGAGGAGCGCAACCAGGCGCGCGCCCUGCGGAUGGCGGAAAUCGAGGCCGAGUUCGACAAGCAUGUUAGUGUUAAAGAUAUUAGUUGUCAUUUGUUAGACGUUGACCAGGACGCGAUUCCGUACAUCUACAACUACUGGGUGCUGAAGCGCAAAUCCUUCCACAAUCGUCCGCUGCUCCCGCCCAAGUCCGACGACGUAGACCUGGCCGCCCAGAACCAGGAGCAGGCGGACGACCUGGAGAAGAUGAAGAUGUUCGUCCACCUGCGGCAAGACCUGGAGCGGGUCCGCAAUCUGUGCUACAUGGUGAGUCGACGCGAAAAGCUGUCCCGGUCGUUCUUCCGCAUGCGGGAGCAAACGUUCCACAAGCAGAUCGCCGCCCUCGGCCGGAAACCGCUGGACGAAGGUACGAUCGACGUGAUCAUGCAAGCGAACCACGGUCCUACGAUAUAUGAUAGACUAUAUUCAAGUGAUUCCGUUAGUAAUAGGGCAGUGCUGAGUUUAGAGGAUAUGUUAGAGCGUAUUAUCGGUGUAAAUAGUAGCAGCAGUUCUGGCAACAGCAGUAAGAUAAAUAACCGUAAGCAGCAGCAAAAGGACAAACCGGCGGACAUCAACGGAUUGAACAAAAGUCAACAACCCACAACAACAACAGCAAAAGCGACGACGGCCAACGCGAAGAACACCCCCGAUAGUAACAACCCCUACAAACGGACCUACAUCAACGGUGCUGCCCGGCGCAGCCUGAGUGACAUCUCCAGCGAAAGCGACACUCACUCGCGGCGGAACAUGAGCACGAGUGCGAGUUCCGCCGACGAAGAACCCAUCAAGAAAGCCUCACCCGCAGCAGCAGCUGCUGCGGCACCGGCAAGUAGUGCGACGGCCAAGAAGAAGACACGCCAAACGAAGGCCGCCGAUCGGAAGCGAAGGAAAGUCAGCUCUUCGGCGGAGAAGAACCGAAAUCACUCGAUGGAAAGCUCCAGCGAGGAUGAAGCCAACGAGCGACUCAAAGGACCCGCGGCGACGACGACAACGACGGCGGCGUCAACGGCCCCGAACGAUUCUCUCAAAAAGAGUGGCAGUCAAUCGGCGCGAAAUGCAUCCCUUCGACAGAUGGAGCGGGAACUCGCCGACGAUCGGAUGCAUUUGUCCGACUCGAACGAUAGCGACGAAAUUGUGCCGAUUGUUUCGCGGGGUAGCGGCAGUGGCCACGGUUCAUCCGGAACUGCCCCCAACACGACGUACUCCAACAAGAAGAUGAUGCACAUCUACUCGGACUCGGACAGCACCGACAAGGACAAGACUGACAACACGCACAGCGACUCGCAGCAGCAUCCGUCGUUCCGUACUAAAGCGGCCAUGAAGGAGUUCAACCUGGCCGAGGCGAAUCUGCUCAAGCAAAAGUCCGUGUCACCGGCGAAAUCGACGUCGACGAAGGUCGCAGAACCAACACCCGCACCCAAACAAGACGCCAAGAAGGUAGCGCCAACGCCUUUGGAACCGGCCACGACGACGGCAGCUAACAGUAGUAGCAGUAGCGGGUACGCUUCGUCCAACAAGACCAACAAAGAAACGACUUCUGCGACUUCCACCACCACCUCCGGACGGAAGAAACAGGACAAACAGAGCGCCAACAAGAGCGAGUUCAUGGCGGAUUUCCUGGUGGUACCGCAGCGCGAAGCGGCCAAGAAGGCGUCCGUGAACAUGCUAAAGACCAAUGCUGCAGCAGCAGUUCCACCAGUGCAAACUCCGGCCGUGCCCACGGCCACUGCUGCACCCUCAACCAGCCGGAAGGACAAGGACAGCAGCAGUAGCAGUUCCAGCAGUAGUAGUUCAAGCUCCAGCAGUAGCUCCACAAGCAGUACGGGAAGCAGUAGCAGUGGAAUCAGCACUGGAAGUGGUACGAAAGAUGCGGAACCGAAGACGACGACGACACCUACGGAAGUUGCCAUCCCGAAGACUGCGCCAGCUGCGUCUACCAAGCGGGGCAGUAAACAAGCGAACAAACAAUCUCAACCGGAAGCGACCAAACCAACGGCGGCGUCUGCAACGCCAAUCGUGGAAAAAGAAAACUCCAAACUGCGCGAAAAGGUACCCCCGACAAAGGAGAAGGACAAGGUGGUGGUGGCAACGACAAUUGAAGUCGAAAAGGAGAAGCCAAUCGCUUCGGAAAAGCCAACUUCGAAGGAACUUGCCAUGCUGGACAUUCUGGCGUACGUUCCCCAAAGGCAAGCGGCCAAGAAGGCCGCCGAACACAUCAAGAGUGGCAUGAGCAAACCUGCGGAAGCACCGGCAGCGACUCCAGCGACGACACCGGCACCAACUCCCGAGGAACGACCAACGAAGGCAUCGGCCAAGGCGACCGCCCCGGUCCCAACCGCCGCAAGUCGUAAAGAGGAAAAGAAACCGGCCUCCACCUCGUCCAGCAGUUCCAGCUCGGAAACCAGCUCGUCGUCGUCGGGUUCAAGCUCGAGCAGCUCGGGUUCGGAUAGCGAUGAAGAGGAGGAAGAAACGUCGACGCCACCCUCCAGCAAGAAGCCACAACCGCCGGCCAAAGGUGGCGCGAAAGGUGCGGCGGCCUCCGUUGCAAGUGGCAAAGCCGGAGCGGCGACGGCAAAUCGGAAAUCAGACAGUCGGCAGAUGCCCUUUCUUGACAAGAGUAAAUCUUCCGAGUCUGGUUCCAGUUCUUCCUCGUCUGAUAGUGAUUCCGACUCCAGCAGCAGUCAGAGUGAUGACUCGACGCGACUACAAGCGAAAGGCCGAAGAAAAUCCUCCGUAUCCUCCUCCAAACGAGAAGCUAGUCCUAAGAAGCAAAUCAGUCGAAAGGAAGCGGCCAGCAGCGAACCUGCCCCCGCCACCAACAAAAGAUCUGCAGCUGUCGGCAAAGCUGCUCUGUCCACUGGAAGCUCACGUGCAGCUGAUAAAGCUGCAGCUGCCGCUAAAAGAGAGCAAUCUCCACAACCUGAUGCAGCCAGCAAAACCAGCAGCAGCACCAGCAAGAACCAGCCUGCAACGGGCAAGACUCCAUCCGUACCAGCCGUCGAAUCUGUCACGCCAAGUGCGGGAAGCACUGCGUCUACCAAGUCAUCCUCCGCCACCGUCAAGGACAAAGUGUCUAACGAUCGGUCCCGAGCUGCUGACUUGCUCCGACAGGGAGAUAAUACUAAGAAUGCCGCUGGCACUGGUAAAGUGAUCCCCGGCCGGCGCAACUCCUGUCUCGUCACCCCGAACGAAAUAAAGGCUCCGCCACCGGCGGCGUCCGAAUCUGCCACCAGCAUCAGCAAACCCGCGUCGAUUCGCAACCGACGCAAGUCCGUCUUCGUGGACCUGGACCGGGAAAAGAAGGAGCGCGAACGAUUGGCAGCCGAGGCGGAAAAGACCAUCCGCGAAGCGAAAGAGCAGAAGAAGAAGGCUGCAGCGGAGAAAGCGGCCGCCCUGGCAGCGGAAAAGGCCGCGGCAGAGAAGGCUGCUGCGGAGAAGGCCGCCGCGGAAAAGGCUGCAGCGGAACUGGCAGCUGCUGCGGCUGCGGAAGCUGCCUCAGCGGUGAGUGCAUCGCCGAUCCGAGAGCAAAAGCGGGACCGCAGUGGAAGUCGAGGCCGGCCGGCCUCGGUGGCGCGCAAGGACAAGGAAGAGGUAAUACUCAUCGACGAUUCUUCAUCGAGAAGCAGCAGUGGCGGCGGCGGCAAGAAGGAUGAAGAGAUGGCAGCGCCGGCCACGCCGGCAAGGAAGGAGGACACGAGAAAGCGCGAGUCCAGCAGGCCGCCGAGUGUACUGGCGGAGCCGGUUGACGAGAAACCCCGGACACCCCAGGUCAAGGAAGAUAGCACCGAACAAUACUCAAAGAGUCCGAAUACUAGUGACAAAUUUAGUGAUAAGACAGUACCGGAGGACGUCAAGCUGACCGAGGAGGAGAAAGAGCGUAGCGCAAGUAUUAAGGCAGUGGUAGAGGAACCCAAAGUUGAGAUUAAGCCUCCGGCCAUUAUUGCCGCAACGGCAGCACUGGAAGAGGCAAUGGACCGCAAGACACCGAUUGUAGAACUGGCGGAGGUUAAGACGAGCAAGGACAAGCCAAAGGAUCAGCUGUUGUCGGAUAGCAAGAAGGACAUCGAGAUUAUCUCGCUUGUGGACGACUCCAGAUCGAACGAUGGUCGCGACGUGGUCAUCGUGGAGGAUGGCUCAAACGACAAGGUUGAGAAACCUGUGGAACCAUCGCCAGCCAAGGUGGAGGAGAGCAAGAAGGAUCUGCUCCCGGAGCUUACUCCGGAAGAUCUUCCAGCGCUGGAGACUCCUGCCGAAGCAACAAGCGUUAUCGCGGACGGCAAGAAACAGUUUGAGCUCGAAUCUCUUGCGAUGGCCGCUGUGCCACCACCUGCAAUACCUCCGGUUACGUCCUCGUACCAAGAACCACAACCACCAACAUCAACUCCAAGUAUGGACAACAUUCCAGCUACUACCAAUAGUAUCAGCAGCAUAAUAAACAGCUUCACUAGCGGUAAUAGUAACAACAAUAGUACCAACAAUUCGGUGUCCAAGGACGGCGGAUUGAACGCAACCAGUGGGGGCAGUCUGUGUCAGUCGAUAUUCGACCUGUUGUCGCUGCCCACGGAGAACGAAUCCGGUGCGGACGAUACGUUCGGGCUGAACCAACCGCUCAACUUCCCCUUCAUGGAGGACUGCAAGGAGGACACGCAACGGGAAACGUUGAACCUGGUUGAAAAGCUGAGGCAAAAGUACAAGAAAGGCUCCAGCGGCCAGGACAACAAGCCAGACGGCGAUCCGAAGGACUCUCGACAAGACAUUAUCUCGCUCGACGACGAUGGCAAGUUGUUCGAUCCGACCAGCCAUCAGGACAUACCCGCCAUUGCACAAGCGCUCGAAAAGAGUAAACCUACGAUGGGCAGUAACGAUCUGGAGUACUUUAACAAGUACAACGCCAACGACGAGAGCUCGUUGCAUCACAACAAAAAGAAUCUGAAGGAUGAUCACCUGGACCAUCUCACCAGCAGACCAUCCGACGAGCGGUGGGUUCCACCGUCGAUGCAAAUGCCACCCCAACCAGAUCACAACCAACAGCAGCAUCAACCGCCACGACAACAACCCGCAAACAUCAACGAUACUCGAGGAAUUCUGCACCAGCAACCUCCAAGCUGUAUGGAGGCAGCAAACCUUCUCAACAACCAAUCCAACAACCAGAAACAACAACAACCACCGCAGCAGCAACAACAACAGCACAUGGGUCCGCAAGUGCCCGGUCUGUUCGAUAGCAUGAACCACCAUCACCAUCCGCAACCCCACUCGCACCUGGACGACAUCAACCAGCUGCAGGGGUUGGACUUUAUGCAGACCAUCAAGAGCGUCGCAAAUCAAAAUGAAGCUACCUCACUUCUGUUCGAAAAUCUGCAACAACAGCAGCAGCAGCAAAACCAGCGUCGCUGGAACGAUAUGGUGCCGAACCAGAAGAAACACGAAUGCUCCGUGAUGCAGGAGAAGGAGAACAUGCUGCUGAAGCAACAACAGCAGCAACAACACGAUCUGAACGCCAACAACCAUCGCAACAAGCUGAACGAUCUCAACAACUUUAUGGACAUCCAGAAUCAGUUGCCGCAAGCGCAACCUCAACCCCAGCAACAGCAGCAGCAGCAACAACAACCACUCGAACAGUACAACUUCAACGACAACUCCCAGUAUCCGGGCGCAGUAGCACUAUUCCCACCGGCGAACGUGCAAGUUCCCUUCCCAUCACCCGGAGCGGCCAUGUUUCCGCCCAACUUUGCACCCAACUUCCAGUCGGCUGGCAAACAACAACAACAAACGCACCAUCCAAUGUUGCCCACGGCGGCAGCCGGUGGCCAGCCUCAACCUCAGCCAGGCCAGCCCCAACAACAGCAACAACGUGGCGGAAAGCAGGACGAUCUAACCAACAGCAUGGGUGGAUUCAUGUCCGAGGCGAUCGUGUCUCCACCAACGCCCCAGCAAAAGCAACCGAUGACGCCCCAACAAAUGGCCGCAUCUCCACUGGCAGCGAUGGUGUCCCCGAACAAUCAACAACAACAGCAACCAACGCCAGAGCACAACUUCAUGAUGAACCACUCGCCGGCCAUGCAGCAAAUGCAGCAACGAACACCCCAACAGGACGGUUCCAACAUCCUGCAAUCGCUGGACCAGAACAGUGCUUCCAAAAAGUCUCCUACCAAAUCGUCACGAUCAUCGUCGCGUCUACAGAACCAAGUCGGACACGACGUUGUCUCACCGACGGUCGCCGCCUUGAGUCAGAUGAAGUCGCCCAACAUCAGCCCCGGCAAGAGUCCCAAGACGUACGAUCCCAAACAACAGCAACAACAGCAGCAGCAGCAGCAACAACAACAACAGCAACCUCAACCUCCCCAACCCCCGCUUUUGGCCAAACCGCUCAAACCGGAAGGUGGUGCCAAACGAGGACCGCGUGGUCCUCGGACCAACAGUCAAAGCCAACGUGGUGGAGCGGCGGCCAAGGGCAAAAACGGUCGACAACAGCGUGGAGGUCGGCAGCAAAUCAGCUUCAUUCCUCAGUUACCGCACAACGACUACAACGACUUUAUGGGCGGUACGAUCCAUAACAAGCUGAUCGGAACGGUGUACGAUCCGGACUUUGACGACGACCUGGCGUGCAAUAGCAUGGAGAAGUUGCGCGAUAUGCGAGAUCGGCGUCGGUCAAUCGACUGCCGCGUGAUGCCCGAUUCGUACCGAGCGUCCCGCGAACCGUCCAAAUCGCCCAAGUUUCCCAGUUUGGGUCUGUACGCGCAAAACAGUGCCCUUGGAGGUUCCGGCGGCAAACAGAGCAGGUCUUCGUUCACGCCUACGAGUCUGAGUUCGGCAAUCGUUACGGAACAGUCUACCGUGUCCGCUAGCUUGCAGGAGAUGGUACAGACGGUACUGCCCGGUCCGGUCGAUAUGCGGACGUACAACAGUGGGUUCGAUUCGUCGGCAGCCAACUCGGACGCGUACAACAACCAUCUGUUGGGUGCGUUUGCCAGUGGAACGGCUGAUCAAACUUUGGCCGACAUUGACGAAGAUAUGGAGAACGAGCUGCAGUCGGCGUUGAAGGCUAGCAACAGCAAGGUGGACGCCACUCCGCCAGCUGCUGCCGCAGCAGCGUCCGUCUCGUUGACCGUUUCGACGGAUUCUUCAAGCAUGACCACGACGUCCACGUUGAUAUCGGCGGCGGCUGCAACGUUGGCAUCUGGUCCGACUGCUGAACCCGUUGAGCUACCCCAAGAGGACCAAACCAACGACUCGGACAGUAUCAUUACGACCAAGGUGUCCCUGUCGGACUCGCGGAACAUCAUGAAGCUGAAGAUCAAGGGACCACUGGCUCAGCUCGACAACAGUUCGUCAUCGUCGACGGCCACCAUCAUGCAGCAGUCGGUUGUGAUGGAAACGAACCUUGCACCGAUCAUGUCGACACCGAUGGCCGCUGCCAUGAAUGCUGGCGGUGGUGCCGGAGGCUCGUCCAAUCUGCGCCGUAUGCGAAAGAAGGAACUGCUGCGGCAGUACUGGACCCAGGACAUGAACCAUGACGAUCAAACCGGACUGCAGGUCGGCGUAGAUCAGAACCCUGCUCUAUCGAUGAACACCCAAACCAGUCGAACGGUUGGCAUUCCAAAGGCCGUUGAUUCGUUACUGUCGAUGCCCACCAAGGAAGACUACAACGACUACGGCGGUGUAGACUUCAAGAAGCGACGAAAACUGUCGUCGAACAUGUCACGCGAGUUACGCGGGCUGGUUCCCACGGAACACGAGAUCAUGGAGCGACGGCGGAGUGUCGGCUCGACGGGCAGCAACGGAUCUACGAGUAACCUGGCGGCGGACGUUUCACCCGUUGCGAAACGAAGAUCGCGCAAUAACCGAACGACGGCCACGGUGGUGACGGCGGUUCACCAACCGCAAGCCGCACCCAAGCUGCGCAUCAAGAUCGGUUCGGACGUGGUGGAGGCCAGCGGGUACAGCGAUCGUAUCCGGCCACCGAAGAAACGCCUAGCGACGAUGGCACCUCCCACGCUGGAAGACAUGCGCCGCGAUGCGUUGAUGUUUGCCGAGCAGAUGAACUUUGACGACGACGAAGGUGAUGGCAGCGGUGGACGCAAAGGUAAGAAGCACAAAAACAAGGACAAGGAUCGCGACCGCGAGCACAAAAAGCGCAAAAAGGAGAAGAAGCAUAAAAAGGAUAAGGGUGAAAAGCUGGACAAGGUCGAGAUCAUCAACAAGUCGAACCAGUCGGAUGCGCCGCGGAUAGUGAUCCGGUUGGGUCCGAAGAAACCCACGUCGGACGAAACGAUGAGUGUUCCGCUACCCGAUCCGCUCGCAAGUGGUCAAAACUCACCGGAAACGGAUCCGCUGGCGCUGGAUCUGGCUGAGCUGCACGCUUCUGCCAACGAGAGUAGCAAUUGUAGCAGUGCCGCUGGUGGCAGCAGCAGUUCGGCCCAGAAACCGUUGAUCACCCCGAUCCGACUGAAGCUCGCUCGCAGCUCAUCCGGAGGUGGAUACGUCAUGACGUCCAAGGGCAAGCGGGAACAGCAACUGCAGCAGAUUUGCGACGAAACCAAGACGCUCAACAUCGUGCUGCCCAAGCUGGACAUUCCACUGGACACGGAGACGAUCGAUCUGAGUGCGGGUGAGAAAUCAUCCAGCGGGUUGGGUCCACUUCUCUUUCCAUCCGCAGCAGCCGGGGUAGAAUCGCUCCACAAUGACGGCGGCAGCGGCGGUGCAACCUUUUCCACCUUGACGCCGACGCCGCCACCUACGAUGUCUUUCAACAGUCUCGCUGCUUCUUCGGCCAGCAGUGGGACCACCAGUUUGUUCAGUCCGUUUGGCGGUGGGACGACGACCAUGUCGGAGCAGUCCCAGCAGCAGUCCUCGCAACAGCAACAGCAACAACAGCCGGAACUGGCUGGGAAGGACUGUGAGGUCAGAUGACGGUUUAUGUAAAUAAUGCUAGUACGUGUAAAUGUAAAUUUUUGUUGUUGUGCAAAACGGUCAGCCAGUCAGAACACACGCACGCACAUCCAAGCAAGCGCACGUGGCGUGUGGUGUACAAUUUUUGUAUAAUUGUUUAGUUUUGCUUCCUGUUGGUACUAUUUUUGUUUGUUUUAUUUUAAGAAGAACGUGAAAAUUGGGGGAGUGUCGUCUUUGAAAGAGACGCGUCUCCGCUAGAUAUUGAUAUUGUGAAGAGGAAAUAUUUUCCCGCCACUUUAAACAAAAAGAAAGAGAUAAAAAAAAUCCGUAUUUGCUGUAACUUUGUGUCCUCUCUUUUUUGUCCGGUGUUUCCUACGCGGUACGCAAAGUUUAUUCUGUUUUAGAAGUUUAUUAGUUUUAGGAAUAAACAUUUGUUCAAAUUACAACACAACUUACCCGUAAGAAAGUAUAAGAAAAAUAUAUUACAGCUAAGCUAAACAAAAA